AUGGCGGUCGAUGCCGACGCGAAGAGCCCCCUUGACGGGGACGUCGAGAAGCAAGCCGCUGCUGUCCGAACAUCUGCGGAUGGCGAGGGCUACGAUGCAGUCAACGAUGGCUCUCCCGAUGCUGUCCACACCGACGAGGCAAGCGAAGAGGAGAACAUGGUUUGGUGGGAUGGCGAAGACGACUUGGCCAACCCGUACAACUGGCCGCGAUGGAACAAGGUGCUCAACUGCGUCCUCAUCAGCUCGCUGACGUUUGUCACGCCGCUAGCUUCGUCCAUGUUCGCGCCCGGCGUGCCGCAGCUCAUGGCCGAAUUCAAAAGCACGAGCUCCGAGCUCGCGUCGUUUUGCGUGUCCGUCUACGUCCUGGGCUACGCGACGGGCCCGAUGCUAUUUGCGCCGCUGUCGGAGCUGUACGGGCGGGCCAUUGUCUACCACGGGUGCAACGUGGGCUUUGUAGCCUUCAUCAUCGCCUGCGCCAAGGCGCCCUCGCUGUCCGCCCUCAUCGUCUUCCGCUUCCUGUCGGGCGUCUUCGGGUCGGCGCCCAUCACCAACGGCGGCGGCACCAUCGCCGACAUGAUCGUUCAGGAGAAGCGCGGCGCGGCCAUGGCCAGCUUCGCCAUCGGCCCCUUGCUGGGCCCCAUCAUCGGUCCUGUCGUGGGCGGCGUCGUCUCCGACGCCCUCAGCUGGCGCUGGGUCUUCUGGAUCAUCGCCAUCAUCUCCGCCGUCAUCUCCCUCGCCUUCCUCGCCUUUGGCCGCGAGACGUACGCUCCCGUCAUCCUCGAGCAGCGCGCCGCCCGCCUGCGCAAGGAGACGGGCAACCCGCGCCUGCGCUCCAAGCUCGACCCGGGCCUCUCGCCCGCCGACUACUUCAAGCGCGGCAUCCUGCGCCCCUUCAAGUUGCUCACCCUGUCGCCCGUCUGCAUCAUCUGCAACAUCUACGUCGGCCUCGCCUACGCCUACCUCUACCUCAUGUUCACCAGCCUCACCCCGCUCUUCAUGCGCAUCUACCACUUCGACACCGUCCACGCCGGCCUCGUCUUCCUCGGGCUCGGUGUCGGCAGCCUGCUGGGCGUUGCCUACUUUUCCGUCUCGAGCGACGCGUACAUCAAGAAGAAGGCUGCCACUGAUGCCGCCGCCGCUGCCGCCGCCGCCUCGCCGCCCACCCCUGGAGCGGAAGAGGCACAGAGCGGCACGGCUGCCGCCGCCACGCCGUCGGCACCUGCGAGCCAGCUUGGCAAGCCCGGCAUCAAGCCCGAGUAUCGCCUCCCCCCGCUCAAGAUCGGUGCCUUCCUCCUCCCCGCCGGCCUCUUCAUCUACGGCUGGACCGCCGACUUUCGCGUCCACUGGAUCGCCCCCAUCAUCGGCACCGCCGUCAUUGGAGUGGGCAACCUCGUCAUCUUCAUGAGCCUCCAGAUGUACCUCGUCGACUCCUUCACCAUCUACGCCGCCUCGGCCCUCGCAGCCAACGCCGUCGUCCGCUCCGUUGCCGGCGCCGUGCUGCCCCUUGCGGGCAUCGCAAUGUACGACCGUCUCGGCCUCGGCUGGGGCAACUCGCUUCUCGGCUUCAUCGCCAUGCUCAUGCUGCCGGCCCCGUGGCUGUUUAUACGCUACGGCGAGUACCUGCGCCACAGAUUCGAGAUCAAGGACCUCUAG